UGGGCACAGGUGGGUGGCACUGGUGGGCACAGGUGGGUGGCACUGGUGGGCACAGGUGGGUGGCACUGCUGGGCACAGGUAGGUGGCACUUUUGGGCACAGGUGUGUGACACUGCAGAGUGGCACAGGUGGGUGCACUGCUGGGCACAGGUGGGUGCACUGCUGGGCACAGGUGGGCGGAACUUGUGGGUGGCACUGCUGGGCACCGAUCAUCAGGGCACUGAUCAUCAGUGGCCCUGAUGAUCGGUGCCGAUCCUCGCUCUGACAACUGCCGGUUCUCGGCAGUACUUUCCUCACGAUCUGACAGCGUGAGGAAAGUGCAGCCGAGAACCGGCACUUUGCAU